UUUUAAAAAUCGGCAAGGGAGACGAUAUUAAUAUAGUUGAUAUACAUAACUGUAACCCCUUUCGAGCCAAUUAUUUUAUCUAGGAUUUCCAGGUAUCCUGCGUCUUGCAGAAAUUGCAACAGAAAACACAGAAAUAAGCUUCAUAUGAGCCCUGUCCUGUGGGAUUCUGCAUGGCCUGUGUUUAGCUGCCCAGACUACCUGAUCCGUAGCCCAGGUCCUAAGGCUGGCGUGGGGCUCCUCGGUUAGCUAUGAAGGUCAUCCAUCAGAAGAACUCUGUGCAGAUCCUGUCUGGGCGAGAGCGUGGUGCCCAAGGUUUUGGCUCUCAGCGCCUGCUGCAGCAACUCGUGGAAGAUAAAACCCGAUGGAUGAAAUGGGAGAGUCAGAAAGUGGAAUUGCCAGACAGCCCUCGCUCAACCUUCCUCUUGGCUUUUAGCCCGGACAGGACCUUAAUGGCUUCCACCCAUGUGAAUCAUAAUAUCUACAUCACUGAGGUGAAGACAGGGAAAUGCAUUCACUCGCUGGUGGGGCACCGUCGCACCCCCUGGUGUGUGACCUUUCACCCCAUCAUAUCGGGGCUUGUGGCGUCCGGGUGCCUGGAUGGAGAGGUCCGCAUUUGGGAUUUACAUGGUGGUAGCGAGAGCUGGUUCACAGAGAGCAAUGUGGCAAUAGCAUCCCUGGCCUUUCAUCCCACAGCACAGCUCCUGCUCAUUGCCACAAACAACGAGAUUCAUUUUUGGGACUGGAGCCGACGGGAACCUUUUGCUGUGGUGAAAACCGCCAGUGAAAUGGAGCGAGUCAGGUUAGUGAGGUUUGAUCCAUUGGGCCACAAUCUUCUGACAGCGAUUGUGAAUCCUUCAAACCAACAGAAUGAUGAUGACUCGGAGAUCCCUAUGGACAGUGUUGAGAUGCCCCACUUCAGGCAGCGCUCGUUCCUGCAGUCCCAGCCUGUGCGUCGGACCCCCCUUCUCCACAACUUCCUCCACAUGCUGUCAUCGCGGACCUCGGGGACGCAGGCAGGGGAGCAGAGCCAGAGCGAGGACAGCGGCGUACCCCCGAGCCUGCCCUCUGGGGAGGGCAGCCGCUACACUUCCGUCAGGGACCGGCCAGCCUACCAGGGCUGCGUUCAGCACUUGGGAAUGGUCUGCUUCUGCAGCCGCUGCUCCGUGGUCCGUCCGUCCUCUUCCUCCCCACUACAGAGCGAGGACACUGCCCCCUCGGCUUCCUCCGACCUCUCUGCAGCCUCCACCUUCUCCUCGGCCCGGACCGAGCCUCGCCUCCCUCCUGAGCGGCCCGCAGGCCAGCAUGAGCAGCGGGUGAGCGAGCGACCCUCCGCCUUCAUCACUGUGCACGGCAGCACGGCCGGCAACUCCCUCCGGAAUCUCUCCUCUGGGCCUGGACGAAGGGGACUCUUAGGGCUGGCAUCUAACCAACCCAUGGGUCACCAGCAGCUGAACAGAGACUCUUCGGGGCGACUGGCUGGCACCGACUGGACCGGGAGCAUGUUGAACAUCCGGACAGAAUCUGCGAGUGCUGUAGGGGGCGGGGGCAGCGGCGGUGGCGGCAUGCCCCCACCGAGGACUAGCGCCUCCUCUGUCAGCUUGCUCUCCGUGCUGAGGCAGCAGGAAGGGAGUUCCCAAGCUCCUGUCUACACCUCAGCCACGGAAGGAAGAGGGUUCCCUGGGCCAAGCACCAGCAACAGUGGUUCGGUGGGGGCUGGAGGAAGCCAGCCACCUCUGGGAGGAGAGGGGACCCAGAGCAGCCAGGCUUCUAUCCGCAACGUCCUACAGUGCAACCUGAGCCGCUACUUCAUGGAGUAUGACCGCAUGCAGGACAUGGACCAGGGAAUGAGCCAGGGGGAGGCCAGUCAGUCUCAGCAAACACAGGAGCUGCUCAACAACAACAUUGACCCUGACAGACCAGGGCCCUCCCAUUACCAACCUCCCCACAGCAGCGAAAACAACUCUAACUUGUCCCGGGGGCAUCUGAACAGGUGCCGGGCUUGCCAUAACUUACUGACCUUUAACCACGACACCCAGCGGUGGGAGAGGACUGGCCAAGCUGCCUCUUCAGCCAAUGAGGAAAGCACUUCUUGGCAACCUCCAAACCCGCCCUUUGAGGGUUUAGGUCAAGGGGCGAGCCAACCCCAGACUCCCGAGAGGAGAGGCAAUUCUGGGGGGCCAGAUCCGAGCAGUGGCGCCCCCAGCAAUGAGAGCAACUUCCCCAGGCAAGGUCCUUCCAAUCCACAAGCGGAGCAGACAGUAGGACUGGUGUACAGCCAGGAAAUUGGACAGUGGGAAAGAGUUUACGGGCAAUCAGCUUCAAGCCGAACCGGGAAUGUAUCACAAGAGGCCUUAAACCAAGAAAUGCCUGAAGAGAAUUCGGACGAAGAUUCUCUUAGGAGGAGGCUGUUGGAGUCCUCUCUUAUUUCCCUCUCUCGAUAUGACAUGUCGGGAUCUCGUGAUCACCCCAUUUAUCCCGACCCCGCUAGGUUGUCCCCAGCUGCAUAUUACGCCCAGAGGAUGAUCCAGUACCUUUCCCGGCGAGACAGCAUCCGCCAACGCUCGCUGCGCUACCAGCAGAACCGACUGCGGCCCUCACCCGACAAUCCGCCUGCCAACCCCUCCCAGUCCAUGGAGAACAACGAGGUCGACUUUGAGGAGUUUGAGGAUAAUGGAGAGCGAGCCAGACACAGAGCGCCACGGAACGCCCGGAUGUCUGCCCCCUCACUGGGGCGCUUUGUUCCUCGACGUUUCUUGUUACCAGAGUAUCUGCCGUAUGCUGGGAUUUUCCAUGAAAGGGGACAGCCUGGCUUGGCAACUCACUCCUCCGUUAACAGGGUCCUAGCAGGUGCUGUGAUUGGAGAUGGGCAGUCAGCAGUGGCCAGUAACAUUGCUAAUACAACUUACCGUCUCCAGUGGUGGGACUUCACCAAAUUCGACCUUCCAGAAAUCAGCAAUGCCUCCAAUAAUGUUUUGGUCCAGAACUGUAAGAUAUACAAUGAUGCCAGCUGUGACAUUUCUGCAGACGGGCAGCUGCUGGCAGUGUUCAUUCCCAGUAGCCAGAGAGGUUUUCCAGACGAAGGCAUCCUAGCGGUUUACUCUCUGGCACCACACAACCUCGGAGAGAUGCUGUACACCAAGAGAUUUGGUCCGAAUGCUAUCUCGGUGAGCCUGUCCCCUAUGGGGCGCUAUGUGAUGGUGGGGUUGGCGUCUCGGAGGAUUCUCCUGCACCCCUCCACGGAGCACAUGGUGGCACAGGUGUUCCGGCUGCAGCACCCCCACGGUGGAGAGACCUCUAUGAGGAGAGUCUUUAAUGUCCUAUACCCGAUGCCAGCGGACCAGAGAAGACACGUCAGUAUAAACUCUGCUCGUUGGUUACCAGAACCAGGUUUGGGCCUUGCCUAUGGGACGAAUAAAGGGGACCUGGUGAUCUGCAGGCCGGUGGCAUCCAACUCUGGUGCAGAGUAUUUCUGGGACCAGCUGAACGAGGCAAACUUCACCGUCAACAACAACAGUGGCAGCAGCAGCAACCGCAGCACGGAGAGGCCAGGGACCAGUAGGGCUAACUGGAGGUCAGAUAGGGAUAUGGGUUUGAUGAAUGCGAUUGGUCUACAGCCUCGGCACCCCGCCCCCUCAGUGACAUCACAAGGCACGCAAACACCCAUCUUGCAGUUACAGAAUGCUGAGACCCAGACCGAUAGAGACCUGCAGGAGCCAAGCACCUCUACAAAUGCCAAUGCAGUCCCCGGACCACAGGAGGACUCAGCCCCCAGCACCAGUACAGAUAUGACCGCUGAGAACUUGAAUCAGGACAGUGGCACCGCUGAGGCAUCGUCAGAAGCAGGCACCAGUGCUGCUAACUCCGGCGAGGGCUCGGAGUACAGCUCCGGGGAGGACGCCCUAUCCCGGAUCCGCCGGCUCAUCGCAGAGGGGGGGAUGACGGCCGUUGUGCAGCGCGAGCAGAGCACCACCAUGGCAUCCAUGGGAGGGUUUGGCAACAACAUCAUUGUGAGCCACAGGAUCCACCGUGGCUCCCAGACCGGGGCCGACUCAGCAGGGGCCAGGGGAGCCCGAGAGGGCAGAGACUCUUCCCCACCCGGCCCCUCCACCUCCACCUCCACCCCCUCUCCGCAUAGCACCAUCACCAUCACAGAUCCUGGCAGGAGCCGCUGCCGCAUCCUUGCUCACACUUUGCAAUUGACUAACGAACCGGACGGCUCCAGGAACGCUCUGCCGGCUUCCGAAGAGAGGGCCCUCUCCCCACAGUUUGCUAACAUCUUCUCAUCUGAAGGAGCAAGCACUUCCAGGAAUGAACCCGAUGCCCCUGUGGACACAGACGACGUGUUUGAGAACAGCUACCCAGAUAACGAAGGCCUCCACACUUCUUCUGCCACAAACAAUAACAACAACAACAACUACACAGAGGAUCCCUACAGUCGAUAAGGGUUCAUAAAAAUGCUGGGUCUUUAUUGUGUGAGAACACAGGGAUAUAGACUGAUGCCAGCUAUCUGACUGGCAGCUGGCAGAUAUACAGUACAAAGGAAUGUGUCUGUUUUUGAAUCUGGUGUUACAUGUCCUUCAGUCUUUAGCUCUCCUUUUCAUAGGGACUACAACCCUAAAGCAACCAUGCCUACUUUAAUGGCUCUAAGCACCUAGGUAUUUACUCAGUUCCUGUUGCAAGUAUUUUUUUUUACUUACAUUUGUUCUUGCAAUAUUUAGCUUCCUAUGUAGAAACAAUAGCAAAUUAGUACUAUGAUCAUUCCAUGCCCGUACUUGAAUACUAUAAUGCUAGCUUUGUUUUAGAAAAGGUUGCUACACGCAAAGUGCUGUGUAUGUAUGAUGGUUACAAGGUGCUGUUUAAAUACCUAGAUCAUUAAUUAGGGUUUCGUGUGUACAGUAGUCGGUGCUACUUGAUGAGAAAAGCAUUACUUUCUGGGGGGUGAUUUAAAGAAAAAAGUGCCAGCCCAUCAGCUGUCUGUGAUCUGUCAAUUAUGUUUUCCAGUGUGAAAAGCUGCUCUAUUUUGAGCAUGAGCUUAGUUGUAUAACAUGUAAAUCUGUUUGUAAUUAAGAAAAAAAAAAAAAAACCUGUUCAUAAGCAGACUGCUUCUUGGCAGUUGUAUUCACCCUGUUCUAGGACUAGGCUGUGGAAAGAACCAUGGGAUUUGUAGUCAUCCGAGUACAGCUCCAGUCAAAUGGAAUGCAGAAAGACUACAGCUCCCAGAGUUCCUUCCACUUCCUUUCCCUGUUGUGUAUCCAGGGUUUGAGUAAAAAAAAAAAAAAGAGGAAGCCAUUUUCCUUAAGAGUAGCUUUGUGUUGUUAAUCACCAUCACUAUUCAAUGGAGGAUUGCUGCUCCCACAGUGAUAUGGAAAGACACUUGACAGCAUAACUGGCUAGUGCUGCUUUGCAUUAGAAAAUACAGAACACUGGUUGUGUGAUAGUUGCCUGGUUUUCUUUCUUGGCGCGUUGAGAAUAGCCCAGUUUCAUUGUAUUAUUUUAAUUUUGUUUUACUUGCCUAAGGCAUGACCUCAAUUGAUGCCCACCCCCCUCCGUCUGCCUGCCCUCUAAAAUGUGCAAAAUAAAAGUGGCAUUCAAGUCACCCUCUGUGUUUCUUCUAGCUGGACAUUUGCACUCAAGGAAUUUGGAAAUCCGCCAGUCAGAGGUCAUCAUUGGCAGUCUUUCUUCUUAUUUACAGCUGACUGCAGAUUCAAACUGGACAUUGUAAUCGCCAACCACUAGUUUGGAGAGACUUGAGAUUUGCACCUGGGUUGACUGCGUUUGUUACCACUAGCGAAACACAAUGAAAAACAGCUCCAGACAUGCAUGGGAGGGCUAGGUUGAAGGUGUUGGGAUUAACUAGAUGACCUCUUAUGAUAUAACUUGAAACAGGCAAGCAGCUCACAACUAUACAGAGCUGCUCAUGAAGAGCUUCUCAUUGGUGGUCUAGAGCAGAUUUCUGAGGGGAAGCUUAUAUGCUUUGAUUUUGUCGUAGAACAUAGGAUUCAUACCUGUAGAUUUUUAAUGUAUUUAUUUGUUCAUGGUAGCUUGUUAUCACAAACCCAGUUUGUUCCUCAAACUGGAGGAUAGCGACCCUCUUAGAUCUGUUGCACCAUAGCCAAGGCUGUAUUUUUUUCACGGAUUUCACGAUUUCUGUCAAAUUUACCCAUUGCCGUGUAAUAUGUAGUUCCCGUGAAAAUUCCCCAUUUAGGAAAGGAUAGUGUAAUUAUUGAUAUUUUUAUCAAAGUAAAUACAGCAAAAGUUUGCCUUGAUGAUGCACUACCUGUUACAUUGCAUUUAGGAACCUGCCAGCCAGUUUAGUUUGCUUCCGGUAAAUGAUUGAACACAAACUGCAUAGAGCUGCACGAUUUCUUUAAAAUGUCUUCAACGAAAAAGACACCAGCUGCAUCAAAGAUCAGAAAUAUUUCUGCUAAAUAUCACUGUCCACUUUAUUUUUUAUUUUUUUUUCAUAAUUCACUGAUGAAAAUAGAAUGUCUUUUAAAAGGUAGACAAAAAUAUUCUACAAUUUUCCAGUCAGCACUUAAAUAUUUAGGAACAUUGGUUGUAUAAUAACUCUAGAGAAAAUGAUCAGUUGAGUGACAAUGGUAUUUCUGCUUUAAUAAAUAUUAUGUUUAAUCGUGGAAUAUCUGAAAUAUCUAUUUUUUUUUUAAAUGCAAAAUGCAGUGAAACAAGCCAUUUUUUACUGUGAAAAAAAUACAGCCCUAGCCAUAGCUUUGCAGCGGGUAACCGGUACCCUAAGUCUGUGCUGAAAUUGGGUUUGCCUACCUCAUGCUGCCAUCAGUGGCCAUAUACUUGAAGCAUGCCUUUCACUAAUUUCCAGAAGAAUGUGAUAAAGUGGUUAGAAGCUAGGUCCCUUACAAGUGAAAGCACUUCCUUGGUGCCAUUUCAGAAAGGACUGCUUAUCAAGUAUGAAGGGUACAGAUUUGUUUGAUCGAAAGCGUUAUCAAAGAAAUAUAAAUAAAAAAUGAUACUCUAUUUAUAAAAAAUAAAUAAAAAAAACCCAUUGAAGAUUUAAACAUCUGUGUAAAAUCAGAAUGAUGGAGCUGCACCUGUAAUUGGAAUGUAUCUGGCUAGAACUUAGAAUUGUAGUUUAGCAAAAUUUACAUAAAGAAAGACCAGGAAUUGAAAGGAGUUCUUAAAUGUGGCAGAUGUUACAGUAUUUUGAAGAGCGUGUGAAUUGUUAAGCUUUAUUUUGUUUCUUAUGACUUUUAAAAGGCACUCUGGCUAUUAAUUUUUUUUUUUUAUGUUUUAGUGUUUUGGUCUGAGCAGCUCAAUCAGCCAGGACAGCAAGUUCAAUAGACUAAUUUAUAAUUAUUGUUCCAGAAUGGCAGCCUCUAGAACAGGGGUGUCCAGUCACUGUCCUGGAGGGCCACUCCACUCCGAGAUUAUCAACUACUUCAGGGUCUGGAUGGAAGUUUAAUUUGUUCAAUUAAACCAUUUAGAACAGUGUUGGAACAAAGAUCUGGAGUGGAAGGGCCAGCUUUGGACACCCCUGUUCUAGAACAAAACAUAGAUAACAUGAUCUGGCCUGCUGAUUAUUUUCUAAAACCUAAAAACAUCAAUUUUCUGCUGAAAAAAAUCUGGAUCGUUUCUUUUAUUUGGUGUGGAGUUCAUGUCUAUAGCCUUUUGAUCUUUUAGAAAAAGGGGCCUUUUGUUUUGGAAGGUACUUGGAUUUGUGCAAGUUGGAUCAAAUAUUGUAUGCUGUUACCAACUAUUUAGAUCGAGCUGUCCUUUCUAGCCUUAACUGAUUUGUAUUUAAAAUGUGUGUUUCUGCAAGUACUGUAUACCUCUUUGUUUCAGCAUCCUCUAAUGUUUACAGCCAUUCAUUGUAAGUAAGAUCGUUUUAAACAGGUCCUUUUUUUUUUUUUUUUUGACAAAGGAGUACAUUUACACUUCAUGUUCAUUUCAGACUUUCCAUGUCUACCAGGGUGUGUAGCUAAAACAAACUUCAUAAAAAAAAUAACCUGCUUCAUGCAGGUUAUAGUCACCCUUGCUUUGUUGUUUUACAGUUCUUUAGACAACUGGGUUGUUAAUGCAUGACAGGAAUGGUCUUGAAUUGUGCAGCUAAUGAAGAGCAUCGCUGAGCUAGGAUUUAAUAUUGCUUCGAAAUUCAAAUGCACUAUCAUUUACCUUGAAGAAUUGUGCUACUUAGUGUAUGGGUACUGAAUAUUGCUGAAGCUGUCUGGACACUAUGGGUCAUCUUGUGAGAAGUUUGGACACUUCUAAGCAAGACAGUUUGAGUUCUGAAAACUUGAAUACAAGGGUUGCAUAUAUUCCAUCUACUGCCAGUUUGAAUAUAUAUAUGUUAUGUCAUUUAAACUUUGCAUCAAUAUACAAUAGAUACAUAUUACUACAGAUAGACAUAUGUAGACAUCAUUACAUCAAGUAUGCUGAAUGGUUUGAUUUAUACAUACUAAGAUUCCUACUACUUGGCAUUGGAUGUGGGAGUCAUUUCUUUUUAUUAUUAAUAUUUUUUUUUAAAGAUAUUAUUGGAUUUGCACAACACUUUAACUUGAAGCUAAGGGUGUUCAGCAUUAGGCUUUAUGCUAACCACUUUUUAUCAUGACAAGACACUGCUUAAAACUGUUCGUGCACAAUGUUGCUUUUAGGUUAAAGGUAAUACUAGCUUACAAAAUAAUGCAAAACAAAUACAGUAGGAGAAGUAGUCUGUACAAUCAGAUAGAACUUUAUUUCCAUGCAUCUUGUACCUCCAUCAGAAGGGGGAGGUUAUUCCAUGCAGGACUGUCUUGUGUCCCUGGUACCAACCAUUCUAUCCUUCAUCUGCAUGUGAACUGCUCACUGUAUGUGUAGCUACUAGUGAAAUUUAAGUUCUUUUUGUUUUUUGUUUUUUUUUUAGUAGGAAACAAUGUGAUUUAAGAUUUUAACUUUUUUUUUUUUUAAACCAUUUUAGAAGAAAAGUGGAGAAUUGUCAAAGUGCAACUAAGUGCUGUGGGAACACCAAAGAUCCUCAUCAUAAUAAUAAAAAUAAAAACAGAAAACUUGAA